AUGAUAUCAAGACACCAAGUAGCGGGCUAUGCCAAUGGCUAUCCCCGUGAGAAAACAUUCGAGAUAUCACCACAUCGCAGUGGCGAUGUGCAAUUGGAGACGGUUCGCUACUACGACCUCACAGAUGUCCAAGGGACGGCUCGUGGGUGGGAAAGAGAGGAACGCAUCCUCCUCUGCGUGCCCCUCCGUGACGCAGAACCGCACCUGCCAAUGUUCUUCUCACAUCUGAGAAACUUUACGUAUCCGCAUCAUCUUAUUGACCUUGCAUUCCUCGUUUCCGAUUCCAAGGAUAGAACUUUGGAGGUUCUGUCCAAUUCAUUAGAGGAAAUCCAAGCCGACCAGGAUCCACAGCAACCAUAUGGCGAGAUUUCUAUCAUCGAGAAAGAUUUUGGUCAGAAAGUGAACCAGGACGUGGAAAGUCGGCACGGCUUUGCUGCGCAAGCCGGGGGAGGAGAAAGUUAA